AUGAGAUUCCUCGCCCUCGUCGUCUGCUCGCUCUGGGCCCCCUGGGCCAUUGGGGCCAUGGUCAUAGCGAUGAAUCAGCCCGAGCUUCUCCGCCUUGGUCCCCUCCAGCCGCGUAACAAUACAACCACCAGCAACGACGAUAGCUCGCGAAACGUCACUGUCACCAGCCUGGCUGCCACAGCGCCACACUCACUUCCCUAUGUCACUUACCAGUUCAACAUCUCCAACACGACCUUCCAGCCCGCAUCGACCUGCCACGCCCGCGUCCCCAGCCCCAAGGGCAGCCUCGGGCUCGUCAGCACCGGCUGGCUCGGGUGCACCGUCGACGAGCAAAAGACGCACAAGAACGCCAACGCGACGCACCACCACACGAGACGGGAGUGGGUCGUGUUCAAGUGGGACGAGCACAGCGCGAGCAGCGGCGGCGGCGCGCUGCUGCGGGUCGCGUCAAACAUCUCUCUCACAUUGGCCGACGCUGCGGUCCUUGCCGAGGCAAACGGUCUCAGGCUGGGCGACGGCGCGCGGGGAGACGGUGUGACGGUCCUGCCCAUCUACGUCAUCCAGCGCGCCGUGCACACCGUCCCGCCCGCCGACAUCUACCGGGGCGAGCGCUACGUCGGGCCCGCCGAGGUCCAGGCCGUCGUUACAAGUGUCCAGGUCUGCCAGGGGAGUGACAACUGCACCGAGGUGACGCCUUGA